CAUAAAAUUAAUCGCUGAAUGCUGGCGCCUCUCCGGGAAUCCCCUGGCACUACGGUUGCCAUGGCAGCGGAAUCUCAACACUCUUCUAACCUUUCCGAGGAGUCAGGGCUGUUGUUUACGUGUGAAUAAUUAAUAAACAGGAGGAAUUAUUCGCCCAGAAAUAAACUAUGAUUAUUAAAAAUAGUUUUGUGCCGUGAUUAGUGAAGUUGUUGACUCAUCAUGAUGUCGUAUUUUUAUGGAACUCCGAUAAACAGUUUGGAGCACAGUAGUAGUGCCAAAAGUGACAAGAAGAAGCAUAGACGCAGAGUUCUCACGAAUGAGUACGAGUUGGAGCCAGUUCAUGGGGGCCGUCAUCGACGUAAACAUUCGUCGAAGAGUCGAUGUUCAUUAAAAUCUAAGGGAGCUGCAAAAUUAAUCAGUGAUAACGAGAAAAUGAUAGCUAAAUUGCAAACAACUCCAGAUUCGGGUUUCAUGGAUGACCUAAGUGAAAAAGAUAACCAGCUGUCAAAAUACAAGACUAAAUGCUCAAAACUCGAUAAAUUACUCCAAACAGUUCAGCUUGAAAAUUCAAAUCUCCAAAAGGCCCUAUCCAAAAACGAAAACGAAUACAAAGAGCUCCACUCCCAUUACGAAGACUUGACGAAGCACGUUCAGUCCCUAGAGCAGGAGAGAACAACCCUAGUGAACGGCUACAAGAAAUUGAAAUCAGAAAACAGUCAGAUGGCUGAAGAUAUUUCACUGCUGAAGGUGUUGAUUUACAAAUUGAACGUGGAGUUGGAGAGAUAUCAGGAUAAACUGCGAGGCAGUCAGUCUCAGGAGGACUCUAGGAGCCCGAGGGGUGAGGAAAGUGACCCAGGGUCAGAGGCCAGGAGAGUGGCUGAGUCCUGGGGUCGAGUGGACACUCACGUUCUCGCACCUCUUCUGGAGGCUUACCAGGAGAAUUUGAGGGAGAAGGACGAGUUGGUUAGGCAGUAUAAGCAUGAAAUGGACGAUUUUAGUGGGCGGUGCAAGGAAAUUGUUGGGGAGAAUGAUGCUUUGAGGAAGGAGAUUGAACAUUUCAAGUCAGAGAUCGACAGGAUGGCAUCAGACAUGAAGACAAUCGAAGAGGACGCCUCCAUAAUAAAGGAGGAGAACGAAAUCCUGACAAAGCAGGCUUCCCUCCAGAAGCAGAAGCUCCACGAGAUCCACUCGAUCUACGAAAAAAAAGUUGAGUCAAUGUCACAGGACAACAAUCAACUGCAUGCAACGUACAUAGCUUGCAAAACAGAACUGAGUAAUGUCCAGGGUAAAUACGAGAUACUGAACGAAGCCUUCGAGAAGUUGAAGAAGAACUCUGAGAGGACAAUGCCAGUGUCUGUACACAGCGAGGCGAUCGAGGAGUGCAAGAGGUUGUUCGAGGAAUUGAAGAGUCAGUAUGAGACGGAGAAGAGAAAGUUGCUGGGGCAGUUGAAGAAAUUUGAGGAGACUAAUCCGGAGAAUGAGAAGAUGUUGGCUGUGGUUAUAGCUGAGAGGGAUCAGCUCAAGGUGUUGGCUAAGAAUCUUGAGAAGAAUUUGAAACGAACUCAGUACAAAUUAGAGUGCAUCCAGGGUUCUAUAUGCUCUAUGCAAGUGGCCAGAGACUCGUUCAAGAGACAAUUGGCUAAAACUACAGAUUACUGCGAUGAACUAGUUAAAGAGCAGGAGAGAUUAUUGUCGGAGAGAAAUGAGCUCUUGUAUCUCUUGGAAGAGAGAGAGAAAGAGAACAAGAAUAUACAGAUGAUAGGUGACAAUAUUGCCCAGCGAAUGAGCACGUUGAAGAGUCAGUUAAAGAAUGUUCAGAAAGGUGCGAAGGAGCAACUGGACACUGUGGAAAAGCACAUGAAGUGCCAGGAGAUGGGAGUGGGUAAGAUCAAAGCAGAUUAUCAUCAUGAGUUACACAGGCUCAAGCAGCUGCUGAAACAAAAGGAGGACGUCAUUGGGAAAUUACAGCGUGAGAAAUUCGCAACUCAGGAUAAUUUAGAGAUGGUGUGGAAGGCUGCCACCAGUGAGGAUAAAAUAGUCAAGGAUGCUCUGAGGAGCACAAAAAUCCAGAAACUUUAAUCAUAGUUGUUAAAUAGCCAUCAACUGAUCCUCUCUCAUUUUCUUUUUCUAGUAAAUUCUUGGGAAUCCUGAUUUUUAAUGGGAUUUGUGGGAUUGGGGUUGAAUCUAGUCGUUGACACUAGUCAUGUAAAAAAUGUAAGAUAAUUACUAGU